AUGGUGGAGCGGGCUCCUAGGCUUGAGGGCAAGGUGGCUAUUAUUACGGGGGCUGGGUCCAGCGGUGAGGGGAUCGGGAACGGGAGGGCGGCGGCGAUCCUGAUGGCCCGCGAGGGGGCCAAGGUGCUGCUGGUGGACCAGGUGGAGGACCGGGCCAGGGAAACGCUUCAGAUCAUCGAGUCGGAGGGCGGCGAGGCGUCGACGUUCCAGGGCGACAUGACCAAGCUGGACGACUGCGAAGGCAUGGCGCAGGCGGCCAUCGACCGCUACGGGCGGGUGGACAUUCUCGACAACAACGUGGGGAUCUCGCAGCGCGGGACGGUGGUGGAGGUUAGCGAGGCGGACUGGGACCGGGUGAUGAACGUCAACCUCAAGACCAUGGUGCUGGCGGCCAAGGCGGUGAUCCCCCGGAUGAUGCAGACCGGCGGCGGCUCGAUCAUCAACAUCUCGUCGAUCGCUGGGAUGCGGGCCCACAUGAGCACGCCGUACACCGCGUCCAAGGCGGGGGUCAUCGGGCUGACUAUCUCCAUGGCCGCGGACCACGCCCAGGACAACAUCCGGGUUAACGCCAUCGCGCCGGGGCUGGUGUACACGCCGAUGGUGGCACCGCGGAUGGACGACGACCUGCGGCAGUACCGUCGGAACUCGGCGCCGAUGCAGGUGGAAGGCACCGGCUGGGACGUUGGCUACGCUGCGCUGUACCUGGCCAGCGACGAGGCGCGUUGGGUCACGGGGAUCGUGCUACCGGUGGACGCCGGGCUGUGCGCGGUGCAUCCGGGGACGUACACGCCGAUGGGCCAGCAGACGCGGUAUUAG